UUAGGCGAGUUAUAAGUAUUUUUAAAUUUUACAUUGUUUAUAAUACUAAGUAGUCACUCGCUUCAAAGUAUAUAACAUGAAUAUUAAUAUUUUAUUUUACGGAUCUUACACAGGUUGCAGUGAUUAAAAUCAAAUAGUGUAAGCUGUGACAGGGAUAGUAAAAAAAAAAAAAUGCUCAAGUUAAAAUAAAUUAAACACGAAUUAUGAUAGGUAUAGGUAAGUAUAUCUUAAUUCGUGAUGUAGGUAAUGGCCAUGACUAAAUACCAUAGAUAUAUGUCUAUGCUAAAUACUAAAAGCACGAUUAAAGAUAGUACUAUCUGUAGCCGUGCUAAAUCAUACAAUAUUAACCACGGACUAAGAUAUAAUAUUUAACCAUUUUAACCUAAUUAUUUGUGUGUAACAUCUAAUAAAAGAGAUACAAGUGGUUCAGACACUUUCAGAUUCAGUACUUUAAAACAUUUUGAAGCAAAAUUGAGCAUGGGUACGAUAAUGCAUAUUUUAUGCUAUUAGUUUUUUAACAUAGACAAAUAUAUCGAAGAUAUUGUUGGGAAGUAACCGUGACAAAACACGAUUUAUCAUAAAAGUAGGUAAGAAAUAGGAGUGUAGGUAAUUAGGUAUCGAAGAAGUUAAGAAAUAUAUGAUUUAAAAAUUAAUAAUAAUAUAUAUUAUGUUAUUAUGUAUAGCCGUAUAAUAGGUAUGUACCACGAUCUAAGAUAUAAUGGACUGAAUACUGAAAACGACAUAGUGGGCGGAUGACGGGGGACAGCCCGCAAAAGGUUCCUCUGUUAUCAUCAACGCCCAUAAUUGAAUGUUUUCAGCGCUACCAGUCGUGGUGUUAUUUAGCGUCACAGUUUGUAUCUCAGUCCGUGUUUUAUACAGAUGGCGCUGUAAACUAUCAAUUAUGAUUAGAACCCCCGCAUUUUCCUCUAGUACAUACUUUCGAGGCCACUGAUAAGCUGAUCGUUCCUAGUACAUUAUAUCAGUUUAGUCCGUGAUAGUAACUUAUAAUUAUAAAUAUUAGGGGUAUCUAUCUGUGGUAAAUAUAAAUUAUUAUUACUGAUUAAAAACAAAUUUUUUAUCACAACUAAAUUAUAUGGAUUGAACCACAGAAUAGAUUAAAUAAUAAUAUAUAAUAAACCUGAUUGAACCAUGAACUAAGGUCUAAUAUAAUAUAAUUUAUCUUAGUUCAUAGAUUGAAUAAAGUCUACAUUUGAGUAUUUGACCACAGAAUAGAUGGAAUUUCUAUUCUGUGAUUUGACUAUCAUUUGAGAGUUCCAAACUUCAAAUUUAUGUCGUUCUCUUGAUAGUUUUUGUAUUUUAACUAAUAACAAUAAUACACAAAAUUUCUUGGUUUUACCGUAAGAAUAUAACAUACUGUUCCAUUAAUAUUAUUUCUUCAAAUAAACAAAAAUGGAAGAACUUAAAAAAGUUCCUCCAAUGGAACAACGUCAAUUAGUUACAUAUAUUAAUCAUUUCAUUACGUCCACUGUAACAUUUUUAAACAAUUUUAUGACACACUGUGAAGCAAAAAUGAUGAAAUCCGAACAACGAUUACAAAAAAUUUCAGCAUCUCUGUGUAUAUUAGAAACUAAGUUAAAUUCUGUCCCUGAACUACGAGAACUGCAAUCUUCUCAAUUUCAAACAAGUGAACCUCCCAGCAAUCAAUUAAAAGAUAAUUUACAUAAUACUGAAGUAACUGAUGAACAUAAUAAAACAGAGGCAACCGAUGGACUUAUUAAAACCGAGACAACUGAUGCCCAUGGUAAAACUGAAGACAUUAUUUCAGAACCAGCUGCUGUUGUAGAUGAAAGUCCCAAUGAGCCAAUUGUGGAUCCAACAAUAUUAAAAUAUCGUAAAAUGAUUCAAUUUGGUGUGCCAAGAGGCGCUGUUGAAUUAAAAAUGGUCAAUGAAGGAUUGGAUCCGAAACUAUUGUGAUAAAUUAAUAAUUUCUUGUGUAGUGAUUUAUAAAACAAAAUAUUAAGGAAAUCAUUUAAUUUUUUUACAUUAACAUUAUAUAGUUACCACAUAACAUGUAAAUGUGUAAUGUGUCAUGUCCAAUACUAUAAAAAAAAAUGGGGACCCUAAAGAUAUUGUAAUACCAUUCUUAUGCUAUCAUAAUGUUUUAUAUGUAACAAUAAUAUUAUGCUAGCAUUUUUAUAUAUUUGCUAUAAGAAAACAUUACCCUUGGUCACACAUUUCUCUUCCAUAAAACUUUGUAUCAUCUGUGAUAAAAUAAUUAAUAAUAAUACUUAUAAGACUUAUAUAAUUAUAAAUUGCUAAUAAAUAAUUUUUAUUACUUAUUACUUAUCUAUUUGUAAUGUUAAACAUGUACUGUAUUUAAAAUAUAACUAAAAAUGUAUAUUUUGUUCUGACCGCUGAUAUAUUGACAUGAGGACAAUAAAUCUUCAUUAUAAUGCUAAGUAAUGCUAUAGGAAUGUAUUAUAAAUUAUGGUUCCUUUAUAACCGUACC